AUGGACGGUGAAACAAACAGUUCUUCCGAGCCGUCGCAACGACAGGUUCGUGUGCAGCUGGUCACUCAGCAGGAAGACAUUGCUCUUCCCGACAGUACUGGUCCUAUUCUUAUUCCCACUGCUUUGCGGCGUUAUGCACUUUCAACCUUGGUCAACAAUCUACUGAGCACCGAGAAGCCGGUCCCUUUCGAAUUUCUAAUCAACGGAACAUUCUUAAGAACUUCGAUUGAUGAAUAUUUGACCGACAAUGGCAUUUCCGCCGAAACGACGCUUGAGAUCGAGUAUGUCCGCGCUCUGAUCCCGCCUCUUCACAUCGCAUCCUUCCAGCACGACGAUUGGGUCAGCGCCACCGAUGUGCUCUCGUCGACUUCACCUGCAGCAUCUUGGGCCUCGGGCGCCACUUUCUCAAAGGGCCAGGAAAGAAUUUUGUCUGGAAGUUAUGACGGACUUCUCCGUGUUUGGAAUAUGUCUUCAGAGACCAUUGCCACAUCGCCUGUGGCAUCCGACGGAGGCCACACCUCUUCAAUCAAGGCUGCAAAAUUUGUCUCACCAAACCAGAUCGUCUCGGCUGGUCUGGACCGCACCGUGAGGCUGUGGAAAUACACCGAGGACGAAGCCUUCUUAGGAAAGAUUACGCCACAGCUGGAGCUGUAUGGACACAAGUCCGGAAUUGAAUCCUUGGCUGUACACGCGCCAUCUAAUCGUCUUUUGACUGGAUCUGCUGAUCACACUGUUGGAUUCUGGUCAACGAAAAAGGCAGAUGCCCCCGCCGCCCCCGAGAGCUUGCUUCCCAAUGCUGCGCGCACGUCGAAGCGACGGAAGUUGAACACUUCAGUGAGCACACCGCAGCGUGGGCCUCUGGCUCUCUUAUCGGCGCACACUGGGCCAGUGUCCGCGGCCAUUUUCGACGGGAAGGAUUCCACAGUUGGAUACUCGGCCUCCUGGGAUCAUUCUCUGCGUACCUGGGAUCUGAUCACCUCCGCUCUUGUCGACACCCGCACAACCGCUCAUUCACUUCUGUCGCUGGUGCACAUUCAGGAACACAACCUUCUGGCUGCUGGUACCUCAGCUCGGCACAUUACCCUGAUCGAUCCCAGAGCGUCCGCUACUACAGUUGCAGCUAUGACCCUUCGUGGACAUACCAAUGCCGUUGUCAGCUUGGCUCGUGAUCCGUCCAGCACUUAUGGCCUUAUUAGUGGUAGUCACGAUGGCACAUGCCGCAUCUGGGACAUUCGGUCUACCAAGAACGACAAAGAUGGCGUUGUUGGCGAAAGUGUAUAUUCCAUCGCUCGCAAGAGUCUCGAGGAGGAAGGCAAAGCGGAUAGCAAGCGUGUGGGUGGAGAGGGCGUCAAGGUCUUCAGCGUGUGCUGGGAUCAGACCGUCGGCAUUGUAAGCGCGGGUGAGGACAAGAGGAUCCAGAUUAACCGCGGCGAAGGUGUUUUGUCUUCAAACAGGCUGUAG